AGACGACAGGUCAUUGAUUGAGAAAAUGGGGAAGCAUCCGGUGCAGAUGAGAGCAGUGGUGUACUCGCUGUCGCCGUUCCAGCAGAAGGUGAUGCCUGGGCUGUGGAAGGACUUCACCGGCAAGAUCCACCACAAGGUCUCCGAGAACUGGCUCAGCGCCACUCUCCUUCUCGCUCCUCUCGUCGCCACCUACACGUAUGUGCAGCAAUACCAAGAGAAGGAGAAGUUGGAACACAGGUACUGAAGAUGGGGGCCUUAGUUUGAGCAAACAAAUAUUGGAAAAUUUCUUUUUAGCUGCAACUCUGUGUGCAAUGAAUGAUAGACUCUCGUCUCAUAUUGAAACUACACUGGUUGUAAUUUGGUUGUUUUGUAUUAAAAUGAGAUGACAUUUGCAGUGAAUUGCAGAAGGGUUUGAGUUUUAUUCUUCUGUAAACAAGUUUGUAAUUUGUUUGUCAGAUUCUUGAAGUUGAUAUACAAAUUCAAACUGCAUAAUAAAUUGAGAGUGCAGGCUCUAUUUCAUUC